AUGAACAAGCUAGCAGAUAAACCGUGUGGAAAAUGCAAAAAGGCGAUUGGUGGAUCGGACCCGGCAAUUUGCGAAGGAUUCUGUGAUGCAAUUCGUUACUUUCACAAACUCUGCACCGGUCUAACAAAAGAAGAAUUAUCUGCCUAUAGUGGGUCUAAUGUAAUAUGGAUGUGUGACAAUUGCCGCGAUCUUUUGGAAGACGCAAGAUUCCGCAAUUCCGUUAGCUCAGUUGAGUCAGCCCAUAAAUUGCGAAAAAAGCAGCAUGAAAGUGAUAUAGAAUGUUUAAAGCAGAGUGUCGCGUCACUGAACACUACCGUGGUUAAUCUGGUGGAGCGCCUAUCUUCGGAAAGCAGAGGAAGUGUUAACGUAACUCCUCGCCAUUGUUCUACAAAAAUUCAAUCCAGCUCGGAAACAAUAGGCACAUCACAACAGCAGCUCCAGAACACCGAUCUACCAACCACGUCGAGGAACCCUAUCGGCGAGCCAAUACGAUCUCGUAGACGUUCGCCAUCAACAUCGUCUUUGUCAGCGACAAUCACCACUCGUAAUAGCAAAAGUUUGGCACUGCAGUGGAACAUUCGGGGUCUGCGCUCCAAUAUCAGUGACCUUAAGCAGCUGAUCGCUCAAUACGAACAGAGCUUGAUAGCGUUGCAAGAAACAAAGCUGGACAACCGAGUGAUCUCAGCAGAUUUCGUCGGUAACAACUACACCCUACUACUUGAAACUGGGAGUCGCCGAUACUGGCAACAAGGGGUAGGGCUCGCCAUUCGGGAUGGUGUACCCUUCGAGAGACUUGAGGUCGGUGGCAAUAUUCAAGCAAUCGCUGUUCGGAUACAACUGCCACAUCAAAUGACGCUCCCACGUCCGGUACUUGUACUGGGCGACUUCAACGCGCACCAUAUCUGCUGGGGUUCCAAUAAAUCUACUGCACUAGGCUACUUUAUCGCCGAGAAAACAUUGUCGGAAAGACUAGUCAUUCUCAACGACGGUUCGCAUACCCGGAUUGAUCCAGCUACCGGUGUCACUUCAGUUAUUGACCUCUCUAUCUGUUCUGAAACUGUAGCCUCGAAAUUUAUUUUUCGAACUCUCCCGGACACCCAUAAUAGUGACCAUUUUCCAAUUCUCGUUUCCACUCCCGGACUGUCACAUACUCCAACGAAAAGACAGAAAUGGAUCUACGCCCAAGCGGAUUGGACAACUUACGAACGUCUAACCGCCAGCGCUAUUCGACCGGGUGCCGAUAUAUCAAUUGACUCUUUCGUUGAUCGUUUGAUUAAAGCAGCAAACACUGCGAUACCCCGCACAACCGGCAGAGUCGGUCCCAAAGCGGUUCCGUGGUGGUGUCCGGAGGUUAAAGCGGCCAUCAAAACGAGAAGAAAAACACUGAGAGCACUAAGGCGUAUUCAAGCAGAAGACCCACGGAAAGCUGAUGCACUAAAACACUUCCAAGAGGCGCGUGCAGCUGCAAGAAAGUCGAUCCAUGAUGCCAAACAGCGAUCGUGGGAGGAAUUCGUCGCGAAGAUAUCUCCAAGUUCCACUGCGACGGAGAUGUGGCAGACAGUGAAUAGGUUGAGAGGGAAACGUCAGCAUCGACCAACUGUCAUCAAGCGAUCCAGCGGCUACACGGAUAAGGCUGAAGAAGUAGCUGAAGAACUGGCACAACAUUACAGCGAACGAUCCGCCACCUCCAGCUACUCGCCAUUGUUCCAAAGAGAGAAGGAAAAGGCCGAACGAAACCGCGAGAAUUUCUCGCCAAAUACCAACGAUACUUACAAAACCGACUUCACUCUGAAUGAGCUGCUAGUAUGGCGUAGUGGCGUAUUCCCACCCUGUUGGCGAACUGGAAUCAUUGUACCAAUUCCAAAGCCAAACUCGAAUGACGUGGGUCCAGCUGCUUUCCGUCCAAGCACCCUAACGAGCUGUAUGGCGAAGGUUUUCGAGCGAAUAGUCAACCGACGGCUGACCACUGAACUAAAGGCGAACGGGCGUCUCGACAAACGACAACAUGCCUUCAGGUCCGGUCGAGGCACUGACACAUACUUUGCGGAGUUGGAGAGGUCAUUACCCGAUCGUGAUGAGCACUGUCUGAUAGCGUCGCUAGAUUUGGCCAAGGCGUACGACACCGCUUGGAGAUAUGGCAUACUACGAAUACUGCAGAAAUGGCAAAUACGUGGAAGGAUGAUAAACAUUGUCAACAGUUUUCUGGCAGAAAGAACGUUCCAGGUCAACGUAGAGGGGCAUUUGUCGCCAGCACAUCCGCUGGAAAACGGGGUACCACAGGGCUCAGUGCUCUCUGUUACACUAUUUCUCGUGGCUAUCCAACCCAUCUUCCGUGUCGUCCCGAAUUCCGUACAAGUGUUGCUGUACGCCGACGAUAUCCUGCUCCUUGUAUGGGGGAAGAAAGACCAGUCGCUCCACCGAAAACUUCAGGCCGCAGUGAAAGCCGUCGAUAAAUGCCCUAACGUACGCCGUGAACCCAUACAGGCGAGAAAGGUAGAUGGUGUAGCCGUUCCAACACAAACGCUGCUGAGAACCCUCGGUGUUACUCUCGACCGAUCGCUCAACUUUAAAGCGCAUUGCAAAAUGACGAAGAAGGCGUGCGAAUCCAGGCUGCGUAUCUUGAAGAUGAUCGGCGCCAAGCUACCCCGUGGUCAACGCGCUUCUUUACUUCAAAUCGGGUCAGCAAUUGUCACCUCUCGAUUACUAUAUGGCAUGGGGCUCGUAAGCAGAGGAGGAGAUGCCGUCGUCCAAACACUCGCACCUACAUACAACAGGAUGGUAAGGUUUGCAUCCGGUGCAUACGUCACGAGUCCAAUUCUAGCCAUUAUGGCUGAAGCAGGUACUUUGCCGUUCGAUCUGCUUGUCCUCCAAACCAUCGCACGAUUGGCUAUCCGUAUGUUAGAGAAUGGUAGGGAUAAUGCUGCUCUUCCCUUGGUACAUCGAGCUUCCAGUCGUUUGAUGGAGAUGGUCGGAACGCCUCUUCCAAAUAUCUGCUCCCGCACGCGGCUAACUACUCGAAAGUGGUACGAAGCCAAACCCCAGAUCGUGUGGGACAUCAAGAAACGCGUAAAAGCCGGAGAUCCUUCGGAUACUAUCCGUCCAGUCGUUCAGGAGCUACUGACAGAACGUUUCAGCCGAUCAACAGUCGUUUACACAGAUGGGUCGAAAGACGAUAUCGCUGUCGGCGCGGGAGUUUUCGGAGAACACUAUCAACAGUCGCUAGGUCUUCCACAGCAAUGCAGCGUCUUCUCAGCCGAGGCAUUUGCAAUAAAAACUGCGCUAACAGCAUACCACACGUCUAGCGAUUUGCUGAUCAUGUCAGACUCGGCUAGCUGUUUAUCAGCAAUCGAAGCCGGCACAUCCCAGCACCCGUGGAUCCAACAGAUUGAAAACAUGCUUCGGAACCGUCCAAUCAAUCUUUGCUGGAUCCCAGGUCACACUGGCAUCCGCGGUAACGAAGAGGCAGACCGACUUGCAGGAGAAGCCAGGGGCGUUCCCCCAUUAGAUAUAUCCGUUCCCGGAACAGAUGCCGUUAGUCAAAUCAAAACUAUCCGAAAUCGAUGGUACCAGCGGUGGUCAGCGUCCACCGAGGUGAAACUGCGCGAAGUAAAAUUCAACACAACAAAGUGGACUGACCGCGAGAAUUCGGCCGGUCAACGAGUACUAACGCGCUUGCGAAUAGGGCAUACCCGAUUGACGCACGAAUUCCUGCUGAAAAAAGAAUCCCCACCGGUUUGCGACAGCUGCUGGGUAACUACUGACGUCCGUCAUGUGAUCCUCCAUUGUAGGAGGUACGACGAAGCCAGGAAGAAGAACGAUAUUGAAUCGACGAGUCUACGAGUGACUUUAUGCAACAACAGAGACAACGAAGAGAAAUGGCUAAACUUCCUCAAGGAAACAAAUCUGUAUAAAAAAAAUUGA